AUGGGAAAUAUUAUUGCUUGUGGAUCUAUUACACUUAUUAUGGUAGCUUUACUUUUUACUAUUCCUUUAUAUGAAGUUGUUUAUUUCUAAGCUUUAGAUUCAAAAACUAAUUAAGUUAAUUUCUUUUUUAAUACUUUAGCGUUUGCUAUUGGUGUUUCUAUAACUUCACUUUUCUAUAGAGAAAUAGGUGGUAAUAUAGGAAAAGGAAUACUUCUAGGAAAUACAUUUUUUGAAGAAGAGUUAAAAGAUGAUAAUUCUCCUUAUAGUUAAACAUUAAGAUAGAGUGUUUCCAAAGCUAGUAUUAUUGGUUAAUAAUAUUCCCAUAACUUAACUUUUAUCUUAGAUUUUUAGAAUUUAUUAGUAACAAUAGUAUCAUGUACAAUUUUAUUAAGUGGGGAAAAAGAUGAAUUUCAUAAAACGACUUUAUAUUUGAUAUUAUUUAUUCUUUCUUUUAAUAUUUUAUUAUCUACAGGAAUUUCUUGGAUAGUAAAACUAAUAAAAAUAAAACGAUUAACUAGUGUAUAUAUAGCCACUUAAAUGAGAUUAUAAUUUAUUAUAAUAAACGUUAUUUCUAUUAUUUUCAUUUAUUUUAUUGCGUUUGUAAUUUUCCCAAAAGAAGUUACACUUGGAGAUGGAAAAGGAACUUCUUUUUUCGACUCUAAAAUUUCUAAAGGAGAUGUCAUUUAUUGUAUUAUUUAAGGCUAAUUUUUCUCUUUUAUGAUAAUUUUAGUAGUAGAGCUUUUCACUUCACAUGGUCACUAAUUAACCAGGAAGAUCAGUUCUAUGGUAUAAUAGUAUUCUUAAGGACAUGCUUUUGUUACUGCCUAGUCAUAGGGAAACUUCGCUUUAGUGAUUCUUUUAGGCUUACUUGGUAUAAGUGCAUAUGAGGCUUUUUUUUUGGGAGGUUUUUAUGGAUUAGCCUGUGUGUGCUUAGGAUAUAUGUAAUCUGCAGCUGUACUUUUGUCCAUGGGAUUGACAUCCGCAAUUAAUAACGAUGCUUAUCUUUUAGCAGUUAUGAACUAAAUGGAAGCUUAGAUUAGGGAUAGACUUUAUUUAAUCAGAUGGGCUAGUGAGAAUUUUACACCUUUUAUUUAAAGUAUUAAUAUUAGUGCAGGAUUUUUGGGAAAUUUGGUUUGUAUAGGUUGUAUUGUGUAGUUAUCGUCAAGUUAAGGAAAUUUAAUUUAUGAAGGAACAGGACUUUUGGGAUUUAUUUUAGGAGUUGGAUUAAUUUAUUUAAUUAAAUUUUUUAAUUGUAAAUGUGUUAGGGAUGUUUCUAUUGAUAUGGUAUAAUAUAUAUAUUACUUGAUAAUAGGUUUUUUUCUACAUAAAUAUUAUAAUAUUAAUUAUAUUAAAUAGUGUCUUGCUUUUAUGAUUGUAACUGGAGUUUUAUUAGGAAAACUUGCUAUUGUUGGAUUUGCUCUAGGAAUGGUAUUUAUUUCUACUAUUGAUUCUUUAAAUGGUUUAAUUGUAGGAACUUCUCUUAAAAAUGCUAAAAUAUAUAUAAAUCAUUAAGAAGCAUCUAUACUUGCUGAAUAUUAAAUACCAAGUACUGGAUUAAAUAAUUAUGUGAAUUUUUGCCUUUUGUUCUUAGCUAUUGGGGCUAAAGUAUUUUCUGAAUCUGGUUAUUUUAAUAAAGAAUCUGUAGCUAAAGGAGAAGAGGCUACAGGUAAAUUUACUGAUUGGUUUAGUACUUUAAUAGGAGAAAAAUGA